AUGUUCCAGAGUGUGCUGUAUAGACCGUAUCGCAGCAGCUGUCAUCCAAACAGCUUGAUCCUACCUCUGCUGUUACUGCUCCUCCAUGGGCCCCUGAAGGGGGCUCAGGCAGCCAAACCCAAGGGGCCCCCACACACACAUUUGAACUCCAUCCGCAUUGAUGGCGACAUCUCUCUGGGCGGGCUCUUUCCUGUACAUGCCAGGGGCCACGAUGGCAAACCGUGUGGGGAGCUUAAAAAGGAGAAGGGCAUCCACAGACUGGAGGCCAUGCUCUUUGCCCUUGACCGCAUCAAUAAUGACCACAACCUGCUGCCAAACAUCACCCUGGGCGCCCGUAUUCUGGACACCUGCUCUCGAGACACACAUGCCCUAGAGCAGUCACUCACCUUUGUCCAGGCACUCAUAGAGAAAGACGGCUCAGACGUGAAGUGUCGGGAUGGGGGCUCGCCCAUCAUCACCAAACCUGAGCGGGUGGUGGGUGUCAUUGGGGCCUCCUCCAGCUCGGUCUCCAUCAUGGUGGCUAACAUUCUCCGCCUGUUCAAGAUUCCCCAAGUGAGCUAUGCCUCCACUGCCCCAGAGCUCAGUGACAACACACGCUACGACUUUUUCUCCAGAGUGGUCCCUCCUGACACAUACCAGGCCCAGGCCAUGGUGGACAUCGUCAAAGCCAUGCGCUGGAACUAUGUGUCUACGGUGGCCUCAGAGGGAAACUACGGUGAGAGUGGAGUGGACGCAUUCAUUCAGAAAUCCAGGGAGGAUGGUGUGGUGUGCAUUUCCCAGUCAGUCAAGAUUCCCCGAGAGCCAAAGCCUACAGAGUUCGACAAGGUUAUCCGCCGACUCAGAGAAAAUUCCAACGCACGGGUGGUCAUCAUAUUUGCCAAUGAGGACGACAUCAGGCGGCUUCUCCAGGCAGCAAAAAAGGCCAACCAGACAGGACACUUCAUCUGGGUGGGUUCAGACAGCUGGGGCUCCAAGAUCUCUCCCGUCCUGCACCAGGAGGAGAUGGCAGAGGGGGCAGUCACCAUCUUGCCUAAGCGCCAGUCAAUCAAAGGCUUUGAUCGCUACUUCAUCAGCCGCACUCUGGAGAACAACAGAAGAAAUAUCUGGUUUGCUGAGUUCUGGGAGAACAACUUUAACUGCAAACUCAGUCGUCACGCUGUGAAGAAAGGCUCCGGACUCAAGAAGUGUACAAACCAAGAGCGAAUAGGGAAGGACUCUAACUACGAGCAGGAGGGGAAAGUGCAGUUUGUCAUUGAUGCUGUUUACUCAAUGGCCCACGCUCUACACAACAUGCAUAAGGAGCUUUGUCCAUGGAAGGUGGGCCUCUGUGCCAAAAUGGACCCCAUCAACGGCACUCAUCUCCUCAAGCACAUCCGCCGGCUCAACUUCGCAGGCAUCGCGGGGAACCCAGUGCUCUUCAAUGCUGACGGAGAUGCUCCCGGACGCUAUGAGAUCUAUCAAUACCAGAUACGUAACAAGACGGCCGAAUACAAGAUUAUAGGCAACUGGACCGAUCAGCUGCAUCUCAAUGUUCGUUCAAUGCAGUGGCCUGGUGGACUCCGUCAGAUCCCCACCUCUAUCUGCAGCCAGCCCUGUCAACCCGGGGAGCGUAAGAAGAUUGUGAAGGGCAUUCCUUGUUGUUGGCACUGUGAGCGCUGUGAUGGCUAUCAGUACCAAGCGGACACCUACACUUGUAAAAUGUGCCGCUUUGAUUUGAGGCCCAAUGAGAACCACACUGGCUGCGUUUCAAUCCCCAUUGUGAAGCUGGAGUGGAGCUCCCCAUGGGCAGUCAUCCCAGUGCUCAUCGCUGUAGUGGGCAUCAUGGCCACACUGUUUGUGGUGACCACAUUCAUACGCUACAAUGACACUCCCAUUGUGAAAGCUUCGGGUCGUGAGCUGAGCUAUGUGCUGCUAACAGGCAUCUUUCUUUGUUAUGCCACCACCUUCCUUAUGAUUUCUUCUCCAGACGUUGGUAUCUGCUCUCUGAGGAGGAUCUUCUUGGGUCUUGGCAUGAGUAUUAGUUACGCAGCACUACUCACUAAAACCAACCGCAUUUACCGCAUCUUUGAACAGGGGACCAUGUCUGUGAGUGCCCCCCGGUUCAUCUCUCCAGCCUCCCAGCUGGUUAUCACCUUCACACUGGCCUCAGUGCAGCUGAUCGGGGUGUGUAUCUGGUUUGCAAUGGAUCCCUCUAAGGCCAUCAUUGAUUACGAGGAUCAGAGGACGUCUAACCCAACGAUGGCCCGCGGAGUGCUCAAGUGUGACAUCUCAGACCUGUCUCUCAUCUGCCUGCUGGGCUACAGCAUGCUACUCAUGGUCACCUGUACAGUCUACGCCAUUAAAACCAGAGGGGUGCCAGAGACCUUCAACGAAGCCAAGCCUAUUGGCUUCACCAUGUACACCACCUGCAUCAUCUGGCUGGCUUUCAUCCCCAUCUUCUUCGGCACAUCACAGUCCACAGAAAAACUGUACAUCCAGACGACCACGCUGACCAUCUCGGUGAGCCUGAGUGCCUCUGUGUCCCUGGGGCUGCUCUACAUGCCUAAGGUGUAUGUGGUGCUCUUCCACCCGGAGCAGAAUGUGCUCAAGCGGACCCGCAGUCUGAAGGCCGUGGUCACCGCCGCCACCAUGUCCAACAAGUUCAACCCCAAGGCCGGACUCAGACCCAACGGGGAGGCCAAGACUGAGCUGUGCGAGAGCCUCGAAACACAAUCCACGAAGCAAACCUACAUCAGUUACAGUAACCACGCAAUCUAA